UUCUGCCAGUCUCCGCUUCAGAUGUGUAGCGUUUGCGUUCGAGUGAGGACGCACCCUAUAGCUGCCAGUCCGGUUGGUCGCGCCGUGUCCCGUGUGUCGUGUAGUGAAUAAAUUAUAGGAAAAGUUGUGUUUUUGUCAUUUAUUUGUAGUGCCACCGUGGUCGCUUUGGUUCAGUUUAAUUUCUGACAUCCGUUUCGGGGCGUUCCGAGGUGAUUCCGGAAGACGGAAAAGAAUCGUUUGGGGAUUGAUGGGGUAUGAGGGGAAGCUCUUUUAGAGUUUCUAGUUAGUUUGAAGCUGUUGUGUUUUUGUUGGCGUUGCAAGGAGAGGUCUUUGAUCGGAGAAGAGGAAGUCAAAGCAAGCGGCGACCGCGGGAUAAGGGAGUUAAACAAGUAACCCAUUCUACGAGGGCCAUGGAAGAAAAGUGAAGAGACCCCCUAAAAAUAAGGCAAAGCAGGCAGUGAAAGAUUGUGUGAUAGUCGAUUUGGUGGGCACACUGAGAAGGGAUCCAAGUGAAGAGCGAGGGUUGCGGGAAGCGAGAAAGUAUAGGGGCAGAGUGCAAAUGCAUUUAGUGCAAGAGCAUAAGCAGUGCAACCAUCAGCAGCAGGGUGUGUGCGUAUGUGCCACUUCUAGUGGAAGAAGAUAAGAUCAUGUUCCGGAGCACGGCGACACGGGUUUCGUCGCCGCCGAUGAAAACAAAGAAAUCCAGCACCGAAAGCAAUAAUAUUACCGGCCACGGCUUCGGGUAUGAUAGAAGCCGAGCGCUCGUUGAUGGCGAAGGCCGCCACGACCGUUGGGUUUCGGGAAUGACGUCGACUGGUGGUCGCUGUUGGCGGCAGUGGUCCGACCCUGAAGCAUCGCUAUUGGAUGAGCCCCCAAUUGUAGCAGUAGGCCAGUGCAGUCGCCAGGCGACAGAACGACGGCGGCCAGAAUCAGUGGCAGAUAGUAGGCCACUACAGCGAAGACGACGACAUCGGGGACUGCUGCUGUGGCGACCAAGUGGUGGCAAACAUGCUUUCGGCUCGCUGAUCCAUGUGUUAGUGUUUACAGUAGUAUUUAUUGAUCUAUUUAAUUUGAGUGCAUCGUCAUCGAUUCUUCGGGCGAGCGAUUUGGAUCUAGAUGCGGCCACAGCAGCAGCAGAUCAGAUUUAUGGAAGAGAUGACAAUCGACUUCAUCCAUCCAAAGAAUUCUCGCGAUUCAGCAGAAUCCAACCGCGACUGGUUCACGGUCGCCAUAAACGUUCACUAACGAGCACCCGUGAAGAGAACGGGCUUCACGCGUCGCACCUAACGCUAACCUAUAGGCUAAGUCAAGAAGAUGUGAUAUUAGAUUUACAACUAAACGAACAGCUGGUCCCGCGGGGCCACUUUCUCCGUUAUCAACUGCCGAACGGGGCCGGUAAGGCCGUCGAGCGGUACAAUCGUACCGACCAGGUGGAACUGUGCCACUAUAGGGGUAAAAUUCGAAACAACCCGGAGUCCAGCGUGGCCCUGUCGACCUGCCGUGGAGUCCGCGGAGUGGUUUACGAUGGGCACGAAACGUACUAUAUCGAAAGCGAUGCUCCGGUCGAUGGGGACUCGAGCAGUAUAGACCUCGCAGAUCACUACAUCUAUCGACAUUCGGAUCUACUAACGCAUGGGAAAUGUGGCUACGAAGGGGGCGCCAAUCACACCCACGAUCCGGAUCUACAUCGGGAGUCGGAGUUCCAGCGGCUGUCGAGGCACAAGCGAGCCGCACCCGGCAAAUCCUCCUCCCCCAUCCGGGGCCCGUACAAUGCCAACAAGCAUUCGAGCUACGUCGAGCUGGUGAUCGUCAUCGACAACAAGAUGUUCAAGAGCAUGAAGGAAAAUUUUAAAGUCGUGCAGCAGUACUGCAAGGAUAUCACCAACAUCAUCAACGCCCUAUACGAACCGCUCAACAUCUUCAUCGGUCUGGUCGGAGUGGUGAUCUGGAACGAAGCGAACGAAAUUGAACUGUCCAGCGAUGGGGAGAUCACGCUAAAGAACUUCCUGCACUACCGCAAGAAGGUGCUGUUCAAGGAUCAUCCGAACGACAAUGCGCAGCUCUUUACGAAGGAGCACUUUGAAGGUGGUGUAGUGGGGAAGGCGCUCAAGGGACCUAUUUGUACGUACGAGUUCAGUGGAGGCGUGGAGAUGUAUCACAGCGAGGUGAUCGGGGUGCAGGCUACUACGGUGGCGCACGAGAUGGGUCACAACUUCGGAAUGGAGCACGAUACGCCGGAUUGUCAGUGCGAAGACGAGAGGUGCAUUAUGUCUGCUUCAAGUUCUUCGAUCGCGCCAAAACACUGGAGCAGUUGUAGCAUCGAUCAGCUGAACUUGGCGUUCCACCAUGGGAUGAACUACUGUUUGAAGAAUAAGCCGACGCAGCUUUUUGAUUCUCCAGUUUGUGGGAACGGUUUUGUGGAACCUGGUGAACAGUGCGACUGUGGAUUGCCGGAUCAUUGCGAGAAUUCUUGCUGCAAUCCGAGGACAUGUAUGCUGCAUUCUAAUGCGUCCUGUGCAACGGGAGAGUGUUGUGACCUGGACACUUGCAAACCGAAGCCGGGUGGAACGGUUUGUCGGGAAGCGGAAGGAGAGUGCGACUUGCCGGAGUAUUGCUCCGGGGAAUCGGAGUACUGCCCGAACGAUGUCUUCAAGAGAGAUACAGAGGUUUGCGACGAUGGGAAGGCGUUCUGUUACAAGGGAUCGUGCAGGUCGCAGAACGAUCAGUGUCGUUUACUAUGGGGUCCAACGGGGAAGUCUUCGGAGCAGUGCUACAAGAAAAAUGAGGAAGGAACGAGGCACGGCAACUGUGGCUACAAUCGAGUGAAGAACGAGUACGUCAAGUGUGACGAAGGCGACGUGUACUGCGGUAUGCUGCACUGUCGGCAUUUGAACGAGCGACUGGAGUUCGGAAUGGAGUCGGUGGCGAUUCUGUCGCACAGCUUCAUGACCUACAACGGGAGCGUGAUUCCAUGUCGGUCGGCGAUCGUGGAUUUGGGUCUGCAGAAGGUCGACCCAGGGUUGGCCCCAGAUGGAGCAAAGUGCGGCGAGGGGAAGAUGUGCCUGAACCAGGUGUGCAUGGCCGUGGAAAGUCUUCGAGCGCAAGGCAGUGGCGUGGAGUGUCCGGAGAAUUGCAACGGGAACGGUAUCUGCAAUAGCGAAGGACACUGCCAUUGCAACAAGGGCUUCGGACCGCCGUUGUGCAACAGUCCCGGAAACGGAGGCUCAGAAGACAGUGGGCCGGCAUCGGAUCCAAAUGCUGGCAGCGGCUUCACACGGUUCCUGUACAUCUUCUUCUGUGGAGUGGUCCCAACCUGCGCCAUCUUCGCCUUCGUGGUGUACUACUGUCGGCAGGACCACGGCGGAAGCGCCAAGAAGCCUCGCAAGCCACCAUCCGUGUCUACCAACAAUAUGAAGAGCGACUCGUCGCGAAGUACCGGAUCUACGCACACGAUGGUUCCUUCGUCGCCCAACUCUCCGGACGACAUGAACUCAGCUUUGUUGAGGCCAUCGAACGACGUAGACUUCAUCAGUAACAACAAUAUGUUCGGUAAAUUCAAAGGCUUCACCUUAAAACCCCUUCCCGAGCCAGGAGCCACCCUCAAGUCCCCCAAUGUAGCGUUUGUCCACCCGGUUUCAAAGUACAGUGAAGACACGAGCAGUACCGUCCCUAGUAGACCAGCUCCCCCUGCUCCAAAGUUUAAGCCAGCUGUCCCCGCGCACACGGUUCAGAUCGGUAACAGCACCUACAAUAAACCGGCAGGAAUCCAUCAGAUCAACGGGUACAAACUGGCCAACCACGAGCACCAAAUGGAGAGUGCUCCAGCACUACCUCCUCUGAACCCUGGUUCUACGGCGCGUCCCAUCAUUUCCAGCCCCAUUCUCGAAUCGUCCACCAACACCUCCAGAGAAAUUAACACCGGAACCGCAAAAAUUCCCAUCCGACCUGCUCCGGUCUUACCCCCGGUACAAAGCAACCCCGGUGGGUCCGAAGAGAACAUGGUUCCGGAGAUCCUCAUCAAUCCAACCAGCAAAGACAAAAAGUCCAAGGAAGGCAAACUGAAUCGCAUCACCUCCUACCUAAAGAAGGACGAAAAAGUCCCUAAAGCUGAACCCAAGAACAUCAAGAUCGUCGAUAAAGAGAAGCUUAAAAACCUGGAAAUAUCCGCCCCGAUUCCCAUAGCUUCCGAUUUAGCCAAAAGUAUGCCCAAAUUGAACGAAACCGAGUCGGUGCUGGGUCCAGGCUCUGCAACUGUUCAACGUGCCAAGAGCAUGAGGGAUCCUGAAGCGAAAGAAAAACGCGUUCCUGGAGAUGGGCAGGCCGCCACCGAGUCUCCACGAAAACCUUCGACCCUGAAGCGUCCUCAGAGUAUGGUCGGAUCACGUCCUACUAUGCCUCCGCCGCGGCCUCCUGUCCCGCCAGCACCCACGAUCAAUGAAGUUAAAAUGCCAAAAACUUACGGCUACCAGAAACCGGGCCCUCCGAAGACGGUAACAAUCGUUGCCCCACGAAACGACUACGAUGACUGCCAAGAUGUGGAAGACUCCAUCAUCACUGCAACCUCAAACGGAUCUUCGUCUGCCCUGGGGCACGACAACAUCUACUCGGUGAUCGACGAGUCUCCAUCACCUCCGAGCAUUAUGUCGCCUCAGGCUACCCUCUCAUCGGGGAGUUCCGACAGUAUGGGACUUCUUGGAGAGAUCGUUAACGAGAUCGAAAGCCGCGGAAGCGAUUCAGUGUACAUAGCUUCAACGUUGAAAAGGGACGGAGGUGCCCGCAAGAACUCCCAGGCCCCUAUGGCUGAAGAGGAGGACGACGAACCCACGUACGUCAACACAUCGGAGAUUCAGGACGAUGAAGACGCGGCGGGAGACCCUACGGACGAAGACGACGAGCCGUACCCUGCCAACCUCAAGUCCAGUGUCAGCACCACGUCCAGUGGCUAUCUGCGGCCGUCAGCAAUCAACGCCCCGAUCGCACGGGUGGCGCCAUCAAAGCCAGAAAGUGUUUCAACUAAUUUAAGUAGCUUUAGAAAUGGUAACUCUAACGUCCUAAGCACUCUACAGUUUGAAGGCCCUGUCGAGUCCAGCAAGCCUCCAGCGUCAACUAAAAAGUCCACGACAACAACAGCUCCCUACAAGCCUUAUCACAGUUCCGUCAGCAACAACCGCCCAGGAUCUGUCGUGGCAGCCACCAAGUCCAAGAUCAACCAAGAAAAACUCACAAACGGCGGUAGCAGCUCUUUCACGGCACCGAAGCUGAACCGCAAUCCAACACCGCCCAGCAUCACUGCGACCACCAACGGUAGUCGAAAACCAACCAGCAAUUCAUCGAUCCGAACGCGAAGUCCUUCGCCAAAGGGCCGAAUUGCAAAUGGCGGAGUCACAGCGGCCAAGACUUCCGCCUCCACAGCGCAGAAACCUAAAACUCCAGCCAAGCCGGAGAGCGUCGUCAAGCCGAAGAUCUCAUCCACCAACAGCAAAAUUCUGACGGCGGCCGCUCGAUCCGGUCCCGGAAAGUCUUCUAACGUGGCGUCGUUGCAGCAGAAAUUCGAAACGAAAAAGUAGAAGGCUGCAUAACCUCGCGCCAUCUCUACUUAGAAGCCCCGUACUAGAAAAAAACGCAUAAUAUCAGCCGUUUCAUAUUAUGUUAAUAUGAAAAAGAGAAUGCGGUUCAAAUGUCCCGCGCUUCGUUCCGUUUUCCGAGACUAAGAAUUAUAACAAUCAAAAUCACCGAUGUGAAACAUAGUAGGAUAAUAGAGUUCACGCGCAAUAGAUCGUUUUCGGUUUUUACAAAACGUUACAAAGGUUAUUAGAUAUUCGAUAAGCAAGUGUUGUCAGUAAUCCUGUACGGCUUGAUCUCUAUCCGCCAGAACUCCUUCCCCCAGUUUUCCAGUUCUAUUGUUUCUUGCUGCUCUUUUCUCCCCUACCCGUGUCGCAGUUAGAGAGCAGAUAAAAAAACGAGACAAGUCCGUCGUAGUUCAGAAUCUCAUUCGUUUGUAAAUAGUAACCAAAGAAAGAAAGUGAAACUGUUAUAUGGAAAAUAAUGGAGGAAGUAAACCGACCAAGAGUUGGAUUGGAAAUUGGAUUUUGAGACCAUUAUCACAGCCAAGACAAACGAGGCGAAAAAUGAUACGAAUUUGAAACGUUCGAAAACGAAUCAAAACCAAGGUUGAGAAGAGGACAUAACGAUCAUAAAUGAUUUUUAGAGGAUUGAGUGUAAGCUGAUUACUAGGAUUUGCAUAUUAAUCAAUUGUAAAAUGAUAGAAGGAGAGCCCCGCAGAAGGAGUGGGUAAUCAUCCAGCAUACUAUUUGUGUAAAGUGAAACUGCUUUUUAUAUAGGUGAUCAAAUAAACAAUUGUCAUCGAGAGAAGGAGAGAAAGAGAGAAUACAACUCUAACGAAAUAAAGUCUUUUAUAAUAUUAAA